AUGUUCAUCGGACACGGAUGUUUCAGUGAUUUUCUGUGCCAAAUCUGGAAGGAAAACACGACUUGCUGCCACCAUUGCUCGGUGAAGACGGACGAAAAGGGGGACACCGCGCUCCACACGCUGGCGGUCUGCCCGGUGUGGGAACGGGAGCGCGGUGUCCUAAGGGCCAAGUUGAGGUCCGGCGAGGAUUUGUCCCUCGGCACGCUCGUAAAGGCGAUGCUGAGAGACGAGUCCGCCUGGAAGGCGGUCUUCUCCUUCUGCAAGACAGUCAUGUCGCGGAAGGAGGAGGCCGAGAGAGCUGAUAUCAUCGAGAUGCAUCCGUAUUCGCGUUUCAACAAAGGCUAUCACUACAUAUUCACUGUCAUCGAUGUGUUGAGCAAGUAUGCGUGGGCUGUACCAUUCAAGAGCAAGGGCGGAAGCGAGACGGCUAACGCUUUUGCAAAAAUAAUUCGAAAGAGCAGUAGACAUCCGAAAAACUUGCAAACCAAUAUGGGAAAGGAGUUUCACAACGCUGAUGUGCAGAAACGCUUGAAAAAACAUAAUAUCAAUCAUUAUUCUACAUACUCUGUAAUGAAAGCGUCAGUUGUCGAGCGAUUCAAUUGCAUGCUGAAAAACGACAUGUGGAAGCAAUUUACGUUCAACGGCAAUUACAAAUGGAUCGAUAUGUUACCACGUCUCGUGUUUAAUUAUAAUACCCGAAAGCAUCGAACAAUUGGCAUGCGACCCAUUGAUGUAACGCUCGAGGUAGCUGAAAGUCUCUUGGCUGCAGUAUACAACGCUAUAAAGAUUACCGGUCCGGCGAAAUUUAAAGUGGGUGACUCUGUACGCUCCAGCAUACCAAUCCCAUAUCUACUCGAGGAUUAUCGUGGAAAGUCUAUAUCUGGAGCGUUCUACGAGUACGAAUUGCAUCGCGCGAUUUAUCCGGAUGUAUUUCUUGUGGAAAAAAUAUUACGCAGGAAGGGUGACGAGGUCUAUGUAAAGUGGUUGGGAUUCGAUGGAUCGCACAAUUCAUGGAUACACAAAGACAAUAUCAUUUGA